AUGGAGACAACACCAAAUCAUAAACAACGAAAAUUCAAGGAAUUGACGCCGAAAGAAUUGGCUAUACUUCGAACAAAUUCGAAACUGAGUGACAAAGGUAAAAGAGCUUUGAUACUCAAUUCUUAUUAUAGCUUUCGUUUUCGCCUCACAGAGAUCAAACUGUGUUAUGAAGGAUUUAUUGAAAUGUGUCCGACAGGUCAACUUGAUCAGAAAACAUUUACUUCGAUNAGAGCGGAGAGGCGAAGGCUAAUGCAGGGAGGUAUUCUUGAAUUCGAUCGAUGUAUGAUUGAUUGA